GGCUCGCGCCGCUGGUGCUUGCGCUGCUGCUGCUGACCCUGCUGCUGCCCGCUGGCUGCCGGGCGCUGGAAGAGACUCUCAUGGAUACAAAAUGGGUGACAUCUGAGUUGGCGUGGACAUCUCAUCCAGAGAGUGGGUGGGAGGAAGUGAGUGGCUAUGACGAGGCCAUGAACCCCAUCCGCACGUAUCAGGUGUGUAACGUGCUCAAGUCCAGCCAGAACAACUGGCUCCGCACAGGGUUCAUCUGGCGGCGGGAUGUGCAGCGCGUCUACGUGGAGCUCAAGUUCACAGUGCGUGACUGCAACAGCAUUCCCAACAUCCCGGGCUCCUGCAAGGAGACCUUCAACCUCUUCUACUACGAGGCUGACAGCGACGUGGCCUCAGCCUCCUCCCCAUUCUGGAUGGAGAACCCGUAUAUAAAAGUGGACACCAUCGCGCCCGAUGAGAGCUUCUCCCGGCUGGAUGCCGCUGGUCGGGUCAACACCAAGGUGCGCAGCUUUGGGCCGCUGUCCAAGGCCGGCUUCUACUUGGCCUUCCAGGACCAGGGCGCCUGCAUGUCUCUCAUCUCGGUGCGUGCCUUCUACAAGAAGUGUGCAUCCACCACUGCAGGCUUCGCACUCUUCCCUGAGACCCUCACUGGGGCCGAGACCACCUCGCUGGUCAUUGCCCCCGGCACCUGCGUUGCUAAUGCUGUGGAGCUGUCGGUGCCGCUCAAGCUGUACUGCAAUGGCGAUGGGGAGUGGAUGGUGCCUGUGGGCGCCUGCACCUGUGCCACUGGCCAUGAGCCAGCUGUCGAGGAGUCCCAGUGUCACCCCUGUCCACCUGGGAGCUACAAGGCAAAGCAGGGAGAGGGGCCCUGCCUCCCCUGCCCCCCCAACAGCCGCACCACCUCCCCCGCUGCCAGCAUCUGCAUGUGCCACAAUAACUUCUACCGCGCAGACUCGGACUCCGCGGACAGUGCCUGUACCACGGUGCCAUCUCCACCUCGGGGUGUGAUCUCCAAUGUGAAUGAGACCUCACUGGUCCUCGAGUGGAGUGAGCCUCGGGACCUUGGUGGCCGUGAUGACCUCCUGUAUAAUGUCAUCUGCAAGAAGUGCCAUGGGGGAUCAGGGGCAGCGGGGCCCUCCACCUGCUCACGCUGCGAUGACAACGUGGAGUUUGUGCCUCGGCAGCUGGGCCUGACGGAGCGCCGGGUCCACAUCAGCCACCUGCUGGCCCACACACGCUACACUUUCGAGGUGCAGGCCGUCAAUGGGGUUUCAGGCAAGAGCCCCUUGCCACCCCGCUAUGCAGCAGUGAACAUCACCACCAACCAGGCUGCGCCAUCCGAAGUGCCAACGCUGCGUCUGCACAGCAGCUCAGGGAGCAGCUUGACCCUGUCCUGGGCACCCCCAGAGUGGCCCAAUGGAGUCAUCCUGGACUAUGAGAUGAAGUACUUCGAGAAGAAUGAGGGCAUUGCAUCCACCGUGACCAGCCAGAAGAACUCUGUGCAGCUGGAUGGGCUGCGGCCCGAUGCCCGCUAUGUGGUCCAGGUGCGAGCGCGCACAGUGGCCGGCUAUGGCCAGUACAGCCACCCAGCUGAGUUUGAGACCACGAGUGAGAGAGGCUCCAGUGCUCAACAGCUCCAGGAGCAGCUGCCCCUCAUCGUGGGCUCUGCCACAGCUGGGCUCAUCUUUGUGGUGGCUGUCGUGGUCAUUGCCAUCGUUUGCCUCAGGAAGCAGCGGCACAGCUCGGACGCAGAGUACACGGAGAAGCUGCAGCAGUACAUUGCUCCCGGAAUGAAAGUUUAUAUCGACCCUUUCACCUACGAGGACCCUAACGAGGCUGUGCGGGAGUUUGCCAAGGAGAUCGAUGUGUCCUGCGUCAAGAUCGAGGAGGUGAUCGGAGCCGGGGAGUUUGGGGAAGUGUGCCGGGGUCGCCUCAAACAGCCCGGCCGCCGGGAGGUGUUUGUGGCCAUCAAGACUCUGAAAGCGGGCUACACAGAGCGGCAGCGGCGGGACUUCCUGAGCGAGGCUUCCAUCAUGGGACAGUUUGACCACCCCAACAUCAUCCGACUGGAGGGUGUGGUCACCAAGAGCCGGCCGGUUAUGAUCCUCACUGAGUUCAUGGAAAACUGUGCCCUGGACUCCUUCCUGCGGCUCAACGACGGGCAGUUCACAGUCAUCCAGCUGGUGGGCAUGUUGCGAGGCAUUGCUGCUGGCAUGAAGUAUCUGUCUGAGAUGAACUACGUGCACCGAGACCUGGCUGCCCGCAACAUCCUUGUCAACAGCAACCUGGUCUGCAAAGUCUCUGACUUUGGCCUGUCUCGCUUCCUGGAGGAUGACCCCUCUGACCCCACCUACACCAGCUCCCUGGGCGUGUGCCCCCCCUACCAGGGCGGGAAGAUCCCCAUCCGCUGGACUGCCCCAGAGGCCAUAGCCUAUCGGAAGUUCACCUCUGCCAGUGACGUCUGGAGCUACGGAAUUGUCAUGUGGGAAGUCAUGAGCUAUGGAGAACGACCCUACUGGGACAUGAGCAACCAGGAUGUCAUCAAUGCUGUGGAGCAGGAUUAUCGGCUGCCACCACCCAUGGACUGUCCCACAGCCCUGCAUCAGCUCAUGCUGGACUGCUGGGUGAGGGAUCGGAACCUCAGGCCCAAGUUUUCCCAGAUUGUCAACACCCUUGACAAGCUCAUCCGCAAUGCUGCCAGCCUCAAGGUCAUCGCCAGUGCGCAGUCUGGCAUGUCACAGCCCCUCCUGGACCGCACAGUCCCCGAUUAUACAACCUUCACGACAGUAGGAGACUGGCUAGAUGCCAUCAAAAUGGGACGGUACAAGGAGAACUUCGUCAGUGCGGGGUUUGCCUCCUUUGACCUGGUAGCCCAGAUGACUGCAGAAGACCUGCUGCGGAUCGGGGUCACCCUGGCUGGCCACCAGAAAAAGAUCCUCAGCAGUAUCCAGGACAUGCGGCUGCAGAUGAACCAGACAUUGCCGGUGCAGGUCUGACACCCAGCUCCUACUGGGGGGCACCCCCCAAGGACUUCACAGGGACUCUGACCAGCCAGCUGGACUCUUGGACUUUUGACUGCCUGGCUGUGGGCUGUGGCCCAGAAGAUAGACGUUGGAGGAGGACCCGAGCUGGGACUUCUGCAGGCCUAUGCUCCCUCCCCAGGAAGUGUGCCCCAAACCUCUUCAUAUUGAAGAUGGAUUAGGAGAGGGGGUAGUGACCUCUCCCCAGAUGCCUCCAGGGCCCAGGCCUUCCUGCUCUCCAGUGGAGGGUCCCCACAACCUCAGAUUUGGCUACUUUGCAGUGCUGGGGUCCCAGCAGGGACAAGUGGGGGGAGGGGC